AUGUAUCCUGAGCCCCGUGUGUGUGUUUCUCUCGUUCGCAGCUCUCUGUUCGGACGCCAGCGGCUGCGUGAAGAUGGCGCCAGCACGAAGGCCCUGCUCCUGAAGGCUGUUCGCUGCUACGAGUCUCUCAUCCUGAAAGCUGAAGGAAAAGUGGAUCCCGAGUUCUUCUGCCAGCUGGGUCAUUUCAACCUCUUACUGGAGGAGUAUCCGAAAGCAUUAUCGGCGUACCAGCGGUACUACAGUUUACAAUCAGACUACUGGAAGAAUGCUGCCUUUCUGUACGGCCUCGGGAUGCUUUACUUCCAUUACAAUGCGUUUCAGUGGGCGAUCAAGGCGUUUCAGGAGGUGCUGUACAUCGACCCCGGCUUCUCUCGCGCUAAAGAGAUUCAUCUGCGUCUCGGCCUGAUGUUCAAAGUCAACACAGACUACGAGUCCAGCUUAAAGCACUUUCAGCUGGCCCUCAUCGACUCCAAUCACUGCACUUUGUCCAAAGCGGAGAUUCAGUUUCACAUCGCGCAUUUAUACGAGAUCCAGAAGAGAUACCGUGCAGCCAAAGAGGCCUACGAGAGUCUCCUACAGACGGAGGACUUACCUGCGCAGGUGAAGGCGGCGACCUUACAGCAGCUGGGCUGGAUGCAUCAUACGGUCGAGCAGCUGGGAGACAAAGCUAAUAAGGACAGCUACGCCAUCCAGUGUCUCCAGAAAUCUCUGGAGGCCGAUCCGAACUCUGGCCAGUCCUGGUAUUUCCUCGGCAGGUGCUACUCCAGUAUUGGGAAGGUCCAGGAUGCGUUCAUCUCAUACAGACAGUCCAUAGAUAAAUCAGAGGCCAGCGCAGACACGUGGUGCUCGAUCGGCGUGCUGUAUCAGCAGCAGAAUCAGCCCAUGGACGCUCUGCAGGCGUAUAUCUGCGCCGUGCAGCUGGAUCACAGUCACGCCGCGGCCUGGAUGGACCUGGGCACGCUCUACGAGUCCUGCAACCAGCCGCAGGACGCCAUCAAGUGCUACGUCAACGCCACACGCAGCAAAGCCUGCAGCAACACACCUGCGCUGGCGGCCCGCAUCAGAUACCUGCAGGCUCAGUUCUGUAACCUCCAACACAAUAGUCUACAGAGUAAAAGUAAAAUGCUUCCUGGUAUUGAGGAAGCCUGGAGCCUCCCAAUCCCAGCAGAGCUAACGUCCAGACAGGGUGUCCAGAGCACAGGCCAGCAGGCGUGUAAAGCUCAGCCCGGGUCGUCAGGUGGGGCUCAUGGCUCCGGUCAGUCGCUGCCCCCCCACGUGAGUCCACUGGAUCAGGCUGAGGAUCAGUCCAGUCCAGCCAAGAAGAAGAGGACUGCCAGCCCAGCCAAGAGUUCUACAGAGUCUUGGACCCACAGUUCAGCACAGCCACCAGCUCCCAACUGGUACCCGUCUCCUCAGAAGCUGCAGUUGCUGGAGCAGUUGCGAGUCAACCGUGCGAGUCUGAAGCCGCUUCAGCUGCAGAUGUUGGAGCAGUUGGAGGCUCAGCUGUCAGCCAUGCACCAGCAACAGAUGAAGCAAAGCUCUUCUGGGCAAAUACGAGCCAGCCUCCCCAACGGCCCCUCACUGCCUGCUCACCCCGCUCCGCUGUUAGCCAACGGCCCGCAGCCCCCUUCAGUCGGCAAUAAUCACACGCCAGGAACCAGAACCAACGGAGACGUGCCUUACCUGCACCCCAACACACUACCUCACAACUGCACAAGCCCAGGAGACACAUGGAGGAGCCAGCGUCUCAACUCCACUCAGGGGCUUCAGAAAGGUCCGGGUUCGCAUUGGGCAGGUCCUAAUGGAGACCGGACUCUCUCUUCCAGUGCUUCAGCCGACGGCGGCCCUCACAAUCAGGUUGGACUUCCCGCCACGACCCCAUCGGAGCCAGCUGUCAAUCAUCUGUCCUCUCCUUCCUCCACGUCGUCCCCCGCUUCUUCCUCCUCGCAAACAGUUACCUCAGGUGCGCCCCACGGCACCGGCCCGACCAAAGAGAGCGCCGCCCUACAGGCCAACGGUUCCACUGCCGCUAACCACCACAGCCCCGACCGCUCCAGCGCCUCCUCGCCCGCCUCGUCCCCAUCGCCCCGCUGCGCCGCGCCGGCCGCCGUUAACGGGAGCGGAGGGGGAGCGUGUUCGGAGGACUCUCGGAGCCCGCUGAAGCUGGAGCCGCCGGAGCUCUGCAUCAAAGCAGCUUUCAAACAGUCUCGCUCGUCCUCCACCGUCUCCAUUUACCCCACAUCCACAGACGUCCUGAAGGCCUGCAGGAAUCUUGGGAAGAACGGUCUGUCGAGCAGCAGUAUCCUGCUGAACAAGUGUCCGCCGCCGCGGCUUCCUCCUCCUCCGUCACCGCCGCUCGCUAAAGACAAACUCAACCCGCCGACGCCGAGCAUCUAUUUGGAGAAUAAAAGAGACGCAUUCUUCCCGCCGCUGCACCAGUUCUGCACCAACCCCUCCAACCCUGUCACCGUCAUCCGCGGCCUAGCUGGAGCCCUCAAACUAGAUUUGGGCCUGUUCUCCACGAAGACACUAGUAGAGGCAAACCCGGAGCACCUGGUGGAGGUGCGGACGCAGCUGUGUCAGCCGGCCGAUGAGAACUGGGACGCCAGCGGUCUGAAGAAGCAGUGGCGCUGCGAGAGCAUCCGCUCCUACACCACCAUCUCCACAUACGCACAGUACCAGGCCUCGUCCUUCCAGGAGUCGCUGCGGGAAGAGAAUGAGAAGAAGGGCCAGAAGGAGCUGUCAGACUCUGAAGCGACGUCAUCAGAAACUGUUCCCAGGAGGCGGAAGGGUCCUUUCAAACAAGUCAAGUUUGGGACGAACAUUGACGUCUCCGAUGAAAAGAAGUGGAAGCUGCAGCUGCAGGAACUCAGUAAGCUGCCUGCGUUUGCGCGUGUGGUGUCUGCCGGGAACCUGCUGAGUCACGUGGGGCACAGCAUUCUGGGUAUGAACACGGUCCAGCUCUUCAUGAAAGUCCCAGGCAGCAGAACUCCAGGCCAUCAGGAGCAUAAUAACUUCUGCGCCGUCAACAUCAACAUCGGGCCGGGCGACUGCGAGUGGUUUGCCGUGCCGGAGCCGUACUGGGGCGUGAUGAGCGAGUUCUGUGAGAAGAACAACAUAAACUUCCUGAAGGGCUCGUGGUGGCCGAAUCUGGAGGAUCUGUACGAGGCUAACGUGCCGGUGUACCGCUUCAUCCAGCGGCCUGGAGAUCUGGUGUGGCUGAACACGGGGACGGUGCACUGGGGUCAGGCCAUCGGCUGGUGCAAUAACAUCUCGUGGAGCGUGGGCCCUCUUACCGCGUAUCAGUACAAGCUGGCCGUCGAACGUUACGAGUGGAACAAACUCCAGAGUGUCAAAUCUAUGGUUCCCAUGGUGCAUCUGUCCUGGAACAUGGCGAGGAACAUUAAAGUGUCCGACCACAAGCUGUUUGAGAUGAUCAAGUUCUGUCUGCUGCGGACGCUCAAGCAGUGUCAGACGAUUAAAGAGGCGCUGGUGUCUGCUGGGAAGGAGACGGUCUGGCACAGAAGAAGCCGAGAUGAGCCGGCUCAUUACUGCAGCAUCUGUGAGGUGGAGGUGUUUAACCUGCUCUUUGUGACGAGCCACAGUUACUCCAGGAAGUCCUGCGUGGUUCAGUGUCAGGAUUGCGCUCGGAAGGCCAGCAGCGAGCUCGACGGUUUCGUGGUGCUGCAGCAGUUCAGGAUGGAGGACCUCAUGCAGGUUUACGACCAGUUCUCAUUAGACCGUGGCGCUCGUCUCUCGCGUGGCUGGGGACCAUCGGAGAGCACGGGACCGUCGACUCAAGUGGCUGUGUGUGUCUAUGCAACCUGUUUAUAAACUGCAGCGUGUGACUGUGGCCUGCGGGGGGCGCUAGUGAGGAACUUCCCCUCUACACACCUCUUCCUGAACGGCCGCUCGCCUCUGCUUCACGUGAGAAAUUAAUCACAAAAACUGGGGAGGAAUUUAUGGGAAACUGGUUUUGUACAUAUUGUCUGUCACAACCGGCAUCGUCACUUACAGACUACUGACUUGAGACGUUCUUUUUGUAUUUUGUUAACAUGCUGAAACCUGAAAUCUCUUUCCUCGUGUCUCAAGGCUUCGCCUUCACGGAGCGCUAGCCUAGCUUUUUGUACGGUAGAUAGCGAUUUUACGACGACUUUGGAUGGCAAAAUCUACAAAAAAAAAAAAUAUUUGUAAUGUG